GAGAUCAUAGCUAAUCUCGGAGGAGUGCAGUUGAAAUAUUUACAUGCAGUCUCCUGAGAAGUGAUGUGUUCCCAAUGUUUGGUAUGGUUGACCAUUUAAAUGGUCAGCCUGUAAUUCAGAAGAGUUUUCUUGGAAACCUUUUCGUUCCUGUUUGUGAGAUUGAUGUUGUACUUAAUGAUGCCGAAACACGGAAACCUGCAGAAAUCAAAACAGAAGAUGGUAAAGUAGAGAAGCAUUUUCUCUUCUACGAUGGAGAAUCUGUUUCAGGAAAGGUGAACGUCUCCCUUAAACAUGGGAAGAGACUAGAGCACCAAGGAAUUAGAAUUGAAUUUGUAGGACAAAUUGAACUCUUCAAUGACAAAAGCAAUACCCAUGAAUUUGUAAAUUUAGUGAAAGAACUGGCCUUACCCGGAGAACUGACCCAAAGCAGAAACUAUGACUUUGAAUUCAUGCAGGUUGAAAAGCCAUAUGAGUCCUACAUUGGUGCCAACGUCAGACUGAGGUAUUUUCUAAAAGUGACAAUAGUGAGACGGCUGUCAGACUUGGUGAAAGAAUAUGAUCUGAUUGUUCACCAGCUCGCUACAUACCCAGAUGUAAACAACUCCAUCAAAAUGGAAGUAGGCAUUGAAGACUGUCUCCACAUAGAGUUUGAAUACAAUAAGUCAAAGUAUCACUUAAAGGAUGUGAUUGUUGGAAAAAUUUAUUUCCUCUUAGUGAGAAUAAAAAUUCAGCACAUGGAGUUGCAGCUGAUCAAAAAGGAGAUUACUGGAAUUGGACCCAGUACCACAACAGAGACUGAAACUAUUGCAAAGUACGAAAUAAUGGAUGGUGCACCGGUUAAAGGUGAAUCGAUCCCUAUAAGAUUGUUCUUGGCAGGCUAUGACCCAACUCCAACAAUGAGGGAUGUGAACAAAAAAUUUUCAGUGAGGUACUUCUUAAAUCUGGUGCUUGUGGAUGAAGAAGACAGACGAUACUUCAAACAGCAGGAAAUAAUUUUAUGGAGAAAAGCUCCUGAGAAGCUUAGGAAACAACGGACAAACUUCCACCAGCGAUUUGAAUCUCCAGAGUCACAAGCAUCUGCUGAGCAACCUGAAAUGUGAACUGGUCUAAGGUGAAAAACUUUGCUUCAGUGCUUCAGCAGGUUAAAGAUGGCAGCAGCCUGUGGGAAAAGAAGGCCAGAAUUCCCAUUACAACUGUCUUCCUUCAUCUUGCAGUGCUGCGUUUACCAUGCUACUAAAGCGUUCUUCAGUUAAACAUUCAAGUAUGUAUAUACAUUUAAAAUAAAGUGCUUUCUCAAA